AAGAACAGCAAAAAAGCAAAAAGGGUACAUCAAAGUUCCUGUCCUAGGAUAGACACGCGUCGUGUGGUGUUUCAAUUCUCUUGGGGCGGGGGUUACUAGGUUCUCAUUACAGAACAAAGACUAAACAAAGAGAAACAUGGCAGAAGUUGAAGUGGUGGUCAAAAAGAGAGGUCGUCCAAAGAAAGUAGUGACUUCGGAAGACAAUGGUGGGAUCGUCGGGUUGAACGAGGCCACGACAAAGGCGACGACUCGAGGUAAAGGGUCUACCUCGUCGACAGCCAAGAAGGUAGCGGCAUCAUCGACAUCAUCGACACCGCCAUCCUCGACGACGACGACGAUGACAACAACAACGACAACAAAAAGAAAAAAGUCCGUCAAGGAAUCGUCACAAACUUCAAUACCCGAGUCUGAGAAUGUACCUGAAUCUCAAUCAGUUCCGGUGCCAGAAGUCAAGACUACUUCGACGACGACGAGGAAAAGAGUAUCCAAAGCAUCGACUUCGAGUCCUGUGGCAUCUUCAACUUCUUCUUCCUCGGCUUCAGUUCCAAUUCAAGACGUUGUCAACGAUUCCAAGACUUCUGUUGGUGAGAGUGCCAAAACUUCAAAACCAUCGACAUCGACUGUGAACAAGACGAAAAAAGCGACGACCUCAUCUCCUUCUGUCUCUGCCGCAACUAUACCGAGAACCGCAAAGGUUCAGGCGACUUCUGUAUCAGAAACGAAGAAGCCAGUAAAUUCAUCAUCACCAUCACCAACAUUUUCUACAAUCUUACAACAAGUUCGAGGGUUCACUGAUGUUUCUAAUGAACUAAAUUCGAAUUUGACGGAAUUAAUCGAGUCGGUUGAAAUACGAAGGAGUAUUACGGCAACAACUGAAGAUUAUCAGCAACAACACCAACAAGAGAAUGCCUUUUCUUCUUCGAACCAAAUCAACUCACCAUCACAGACAAAUACACAAACGCAAGGCCAAAGAUCAACAUCAGCAUCAACAACACUUCCACGUCACCUUUUCCCACCGUCAUCGAAUUGGCCAAAAUAUACCAUACCACAAUCCACCAUGACCGCUUUGGCUGCUCGUGGUGGAGCCAUCGGUGUCGGUACACAUCCUUAUUCUUCUUCUGGUCAACCGACGACGACGACGACGAAAUUGCCACCGCGUCCCAAACGUCCCUCGGAACCAAAACCUACAGAGAUACCACUCGAACAACUCAAGAAGAACCCGAAAUUCCGGAAAUUAUCGAGUAGAUGGACAAAACUUAUAUUCGCCUUACCGGUGGCCAUCGUCAGUAGUUAUGCAUUGUGGGAAAAGUAUGACGAACAACAGGCUUAUCAAGCUGCCUUGCAGGCAAAGAGGAGUCUACAAGACUCUUCUGGUAUAGCCACGACCACGGCCACGACUACUACUACGGUGGACAAUGUCAAGCCUGUAUCGACCGAGACGACCAAGUGAGGCAUUGAGAAAGAGAGAACCUA